AUGAGUAGUGUGCAGAAGAGACACGGUCGCAAAAAAACGCUUCGAGGAUUGCACAAUGCGCUGAAGAAGCUCGCGACUCAAGCUAGAGCUCAAGAUGCACCUGCUAAACAGCCCGAACGGCCAUCGACGCCAGCUCAGGCUCAAACUGGCGUGGUUGAUUCUACAGAACUAGUGGAAGCGCAGGAAUCUCCUCAAAAUGGUGAUUCCAGAUCCAGCACGGGUGAUGAAGCGGAGGAGUUCGUGGAAGAACGCAAUGGCGUGAUCUACAUUAUGUCCAAGGAGCGCCAACCCAUUCCCAAACUUACCGACGAAGAGGUCAUGAAGCGCCAUAAGAGAGCUGACGAAAACAUGAAGGAGGUCUGGGCUCGUCUCAUCGAGAAGUACGAGUCGAUGCAGGACGAGGGCGACGUGAUCGAUUUGAAUUCUGGUGAGAUUGUGGAAGACAAUGGCCACGUUAGAGGUCUUGCUUCGAAUGAGAAUCAUUAUGCUGAUGAGGACCGCUAUAUAAGCGUCCUCAGCGACCUCUUGGACGUCGACACCACUCAAAAUAACGUCUGGGGCGAAGAACAAGAAUCCGACGGGGGAGAAGAGGAUGAAGAAGACACGGACUACGAUCACAGGCAAGCGGAAGACGACGAUACAAGUGAAGAUGAAGAUGAAGACACAAACGAAGAAAAAGAAUGGGACUAG